AUGUGGAAUAAUGAAAUUUCAAAAGAUGAGUCAACUGAAUUCGUUAAACAAAUAAAGAUGGCUAAUGAAAUGCUUAAUGAUUUUUCGUCAUUUAAUUCCGAAAUUCAUCCCGAAGCAGUUUAC